CAACCGACCAUGACAACAGAACAGCAGCGAGAGGCGAGGUCAUCCGCUCCGUCUGAUUCAGCCCAUCCAUCCUCGGCUCUCCAGCUUGGAUCCCUCCUCCCUCAGGCCAAUACAUCCCACCAUUCCCUCCUGGACGCAGUGAUCGGUCCCUCUCAGCAGAAGAAGCAGCCGCCUCAGCUCCCUCAAGCGGCCGACGAUCCUCAGACUCGCAGUCGGAACACAAGUGGCAGCCAGGACGCGACGAGCUUUGGGACAAGUACGGAAAAAUCUUGGGACGUCCUCAGUGAUGCGAGCGUGCGGGUGAACCGGGACACGUCGAAUGGAGGAGCGGUCGAGGAGCUCCAGAAACAGGUGGACAAGCGCAAGUCCCAACUUCCUGCACUCGAGAUUGAGCUCGCCGCUCUCGAGGCAAAGAUCAAAGAGGCCGAGGAGCGUUUGGCCAGAGCGAAAGCUCAAGCUCAGACCGGAUGAUAGCUGUGCAUGUAACCCUCCUCC